GUCGUCGAGACGCACGAACCAAGGAACUUGAGUCAGUGGGCGAACGUACGGCAAAGAUAAUUGAAGACACGCUUUAUUGCGGCUUCUAAUCUUUUCUGUCAAUAUGGCAACCAUCCGCGUCCUUCCCCUUUUGGACACCCGACACCAGCGAGGAUCAGCGCUGCAGGUUGAGUUCCACCUUGCAGUCCAGUAUACAUGCUUUAAAUUUGCAUGCAUUGCAGGCUUAUCACCAUACAUUAUCCCAGCUUAUUUAUUAACACAAUGGCCUCCACCGAAAUAACCCAAAAUGAUCCCAUCCAAGACCAGCCCACAAUCGGUCUCAUCGGAAUGGGCGCAAUGGGCACCAUGUACACUAAAUAUCUCUCCGAGGCCGGCUGGAAAAAAAUUGCCGUCUGUGACAUUCCAACCAAGUACGAGUCGCUAAAGAGCGCCUACCAAGGCACACCAGGUGUAACCGUAUACCCCGAUGGACAUGCUGUAUCGAGGAUAUCCGACUUUAUCAUGUACUCUGUCGAGGCAGAGUACAUCGAUCGCGUAGUCGCCCAGUAUGGUCCUUCUACAAAGGUAGGCGCCGUGGUGUCAGGCCAGACGUCGGUAAAAGCCCCCGAGAAAGAAGCCUUCGAGAAAUAUCUCCCCGAGGACGUACAUAUAGUUUCCAUCCAUUCUCUUCACGGCCCGACAGUCUCCCCAGUCGGACAGCCCUUAGUUCUCAUUAAACACCGUGCCCCGGAUUCAGCACUUCAUCUCGUCGAAUGCAUAUUCCGUUGCUUCCGUUCUCGCUACGUCUACCUCACUUACGAGGACCAUGAUCUCGUGACUGCCAACGUCCAAGCAGUUACUCAUGCCGCCUUCCUAACUAUGGGCACAGCAUGGGCAAGCAUGAAAUCGUACCCCUGGGAGCAAGGCCAGUACAUCGGCGGAAUCGAAACUGUCAAAGUGAACAUCAUGCUCCGCAUAUACGCCAACAAGUGGCACGUCUACGCUGGUCUAGCCAUCCUCAACCCGUCGGCGCGCGUUCAGAUCGACCAGUACGCGACAAGUGCAACCGAACUGUUUAAGCUCAUGCUUGCGGGAGACGUACCGACGCUCCGCGCCCGAAUGUACCAGGCACGCGAGGCCGUGUUCACGCAAACAGGCCAGACGCGCACCCCCAUAUUCUUAUCCGAAGACGUCCUCGACCAGUUCACCAUUGGCAGCGCACGCAAAGACGGAAUCAACGGUAAUGGCGUCUCCCCAACUGGCACUUCUGCACCGCGAUCCAACUCACAUCUUGCUCUGCUCGCCAUGGUGGACUGUUGGGCUCAUCUUGGGAUCCAACCGUUCGUGCACCUCGACCUUGCGGCGACGCCUAUCUUCAGGAUGUGGAUCGGUGUUGCGGAGUACCUCUUCCGUUCCACCGAUAGACUGGACCAGGCGCUCCAUUCAGCAGUCUGGGACGUAUCACACAGAUCUGAUGAUCUUGAAUUUGUUGUCGCAGCCCGAGGAUGGAGUCAAUGCGUCUCAUUCGGGGACUUCGAGUUGUACAGGAAGAGGUUUGCCGAAACCUCGUCGUUCUUCGAGUCCCGGUUUGAAGAAGCUAAUAAGAUUGGGUCAGCUAUGAUCAAAGCUAUAUCAGACAGUAACGGCAAGUAGAAAUAUCUAUUCACGAGACGAUAGAACAUUUGCUAGAGAUGAUAUCUUGUACUUAAGUCUAGGGGGUUUUGUGUUUGACUAGAUAUACCCGCGUUUGCUUAACUUCUGUAAUCUCCAUUGAUCGAUACAUAUUCCUGAGUGAUAGACUA